AUCUAUGUUGUCGGUCAACUGAGGACUAAAUCCCAAAGAGAAACCCCAAUUUCCUUUUCUCUCUUUCCCCGUGUGAAACCCCAAAACCCCUCUAAACUAUUUCUCUCUCUCUCCAGCGAAAACCCGACCCCUCUCUCUCUCAUGUAAUCGCCGCCUUCUCGUCGGAAUCCGGUUGCUCGCCGGUGUUCCCCAAGCUCGACGGAGAUGUGCUAAUCGUCGGAGCUUUCGCACCGUUGCUGCUGUGUUGUUAUUUUGCCUCUGUUUCUCUCUCUCCUUGUUAUUCUCGUCGGUGUCCCUAGUUUGUCGGACCUGCUGCUGCUCGUCGGCUUCGCCACCGUGCACUGAAGCUUCUUCGCGUCGCUGCUCUUGUGAGCAGAGGUGAUUGUGAUUGUGGAGUUCAAGUGAGAGGUGGUGAUCAGAUUGUCGAUGGACUUGGAGGUUCAUUUGUGGAGAUUGGAUUGCUGUCAGGACGAGGUAGAUGACAUGACACUAAGACGAUUUUUGCGAGCCCGUGACCUAGAUGUCGAGAAGGCGGGGGCCAUGUUCUUGAAGUAUCUAAAAUGGAGGAAAACAUUUAUACCAAAUGGACAUGUGACAGAGGCAGAGAUAGAGCAUGAAAUAUCACAGGAGAAAGCUUUUGUAGGAGGUAAUGAUAAGAAAGGACGACCUAUUUUGGUUGUUUUGGCAAAUCGACACUUCCAAAAUACCACUCCUGAUGAGUUCAAGCGAUUUGCUGUGUAUUCUCUCGACAAGAUUUGCACAAGAAUGCCCCUUGGACAAGAAAAAUUUUGUGCUAUUGGAGAUCUUCAAGGAUGGGGGUACUCUAACAGCGACAUUCGUGGAUAUCUUGGGGCUCUCUCUAUUUUACAGGACUGCUACCCAGAAAGAUUAGGGAAACUAUUUAUUGUACAUGCACCAAAAAUCUUUAAGGCAGUUUGGAAGAUCAUCUACCCCUUCAUCGACGAUAACACCAAGACCAAAAUAGUAUUUGUUGAGAAACAGAAACUCACAUCAACUUUACUUGAGAAUAUUGAUGAGAGCCAACUUCCUGAUAUAUAUGGAGGCAAACUGCCACUAGUUCCCAUUCAGAAUGCCUGACGUACAAGUAAUAGUAAAGCAUUGCAAAUUAAGCCAUUUUCGAAGCAUUCAUUCACUAUAAUCAGUCCCUCAUCAGGGCGUACGAUCUCUUUCGCAGCCAGAAUCCGACAGAUUAUAGGAGAACUUCUUUGAAUAAUAAAGUUGAUUUGUGAAAUAGACUUGUGUCAUUAUAUAAUUAUAAGAUGCCUAUUGAUAUCUAUAUUUUUUUUUUUAAGAUAAGAUGAAGGGGCACACUUGAGGGGAUAAGGGGAAUUCUUCAGGGAUACAAGGUGGGCAUUGAUGCUAUUACUCCACCACUUCAACCUUGAUACUGAUAUCUCUACCUGCGUUCCAUAGGCUUGUUAUUAGUAUUCACAUACAUAAAUAAAGCAAUAAAGUAUUGAAUUUUAGUCUUCAA